UGCCGGAGCCGGGAGCCCGAAGCCGAGGCGCGGCGCUUCCCCGGCCGGCUCUUUAUUCUCUCCCUUCUGACGCGCGCGCUGCUCCAGCUGCCAUCGCCGCCCCCGCCUCUGCCAGGGACUGGAGCAGCCGGGACCCUCCGCGCGCUCGCCCCGCCGCGCCUCCCUACCGAGUCCCCAGUGAGGGGCGGCCCGCCGCUGGUCCCCUCGGACCGGCCUCUCCAGUGUAGCCAGGCUGCGGAGCUCCCAGCGGUUCCAGGAAGACUGAGCUCGCCAGAGCCCUGCAGAGAGCUGUUGGCGCCAGGGGCCCAAGCCGGGACGCCUGGACAGGUUGUGGACAGCGGGGGUGGCCGCUGGCCCUCAGUUCCUGCUCCACCUCCCUUUGAGCCCACAUUUAGGAUUUCUGCUCCUGAGAAUUCUGCACACCUCCCAGCAUGAGCCUGGAGGUUAUGGAGGGGGCCUGGCACCCACGGCCUGUGACUGCAGCUGAACUUUGAGAACAUAGCUGUGGUCAGCUGUCUCAGGGUUCCAGAAUGGGGGGAGUAGCCCCGGAGAGGCCUAAGGGCACCCCGUGAGGACCCCACACCCUGAGAGAGUGGAGGCUGAGGAGCCUGGGGCCAUGCCUCCACUGCUGCUGGAGCGGGACCCACGGCAGCAGCGUGGGGUCUCCCUGCUGGUGCGAUAUUUCAUGAUCCCCUGCAACGUCUGCCUGAUCCUGCUGGCCACCUCCACGCUGGGCUUCGCUGUACUGCUCUUCCUCAACAACUACAAACCUGGGACUCACUUCACACCAGCGCCCCCAACACCUCUGGAUGCGUGCCGUGGAAUGCUGUGUGGCUUUGGCGCGGUGUGCGAGCCCAGUGCAGACAACCCGGGCCGAGCCGCCUGCGUGUGCAGGAAGCGCGCCUGCCCCCGCGUGGUGGCGCCCGUGUGCGGCUCGGACGCCUCCACCUACAGCAACGAGUGCGAGCUGCUGCGGGCGCAGUGCAGCCAGCAGCGGCGCAUCCGCCUGCUCAGCCGCGGGCCCUGCGGGUCCCGAGACCCCUGCUCCAACGUGACCUGCAGCUUCGGCAGCACCUGUGCUCCCUCAGCGGACGGACAGACAGCCACGUGCCUGUGUCCUGCAACCUGCCGGGGCGCCCCCCAGAGCCCGGUGUGCGGCAGUGACGGCGUUGACUAUCCCAGCGAGUGCCAGCUGCUGCGCCGCGCCUGCUCCCGCCAGGAGAACAUCUUCAAGAAGUUCGAAGGCCGUUGUGAUCCCUGCCAAGGCGCCUUCAAUGACCCGAGCCGCCUCUGCCGCGUGAACCCGCGCACUCGGCGCCCAGAGAUGCUCCUCGGGCCAGAGAGCUGCAGUCCCCGGCAGGCGCCCGUGUGCGGGGACGAUGGGGUCACCUACGAAAACGACUGUAUCAUGAGCCGCACCGGGGCUGCCCGCGGCCUUCUUGUCCAGAAACUGCGCUCUGGCCGGUGUCAGCCUACAGACCAGUGCCCAGACGAGUGCAGGUUCAGCGCUGUGUGCCUGUCCCGCGGAGGCCGCCCCCGCUGCUCCUGUGACCGCAUCACCUGUGACGGGGCCUACAGACCCGUGUGUGCCCACGAUGGGCACACGUAUGACAAUGACUGCUGGCGCCAGCAGGCCGAGUGUCAGCAGCAGCGUGCCAUCCCUGCCAAGCACCAGGGCCCGUGUGACCAGCCUCGGUCCCCCUGCCUUGGGGUGCAGUGCCCGUUUGGGGCAGUGUGUGCUGUGAAGAAUGGGAAAGCCGAGUGUGUGUGCCAGCAGACGUGCUCAGGAAUCUACGAUCCUGUGUGUGGCAGCGAUGGUGUCACGUAUGGCAGCACUUGCGAACUGGAGGCCACAGCCUGUGCCCUUGGGCAGGAGAUCCGGGUGGCUCGCAGAGGACCCUGUGACCGCUGUGGGCAGUGCCGCUUUGGAGCCCUGUGCGAGGCUGAGACUGGGCGCUGUGUAUGCCCCUCUGAGUGCGUGGCCUUGGCCCAGCCCGUGUGCGGCUCUGAUGGGCACACGUAUGCCAGCGAGUGUGAGCUGCACGUCCACGCCUGCACACACCAGAUCAGCCUGCACGUGGCCUCAGCUGGACCUUGCCACACCUGUGGAGACACAGUGUGUGCCUUCGGGGCGCUGUGCUUGGCGGGGCAGUGUGUCUGUCCCCGGUGUGAGCGCCCCCCACCUGGCCCUGUGUGCGGCAGCGACGGUGUCACCUACCGCAGUGCAUGUGAGCUACGUGAGGCCGCCUGCCAGCAACAGACACACAUCGAGGAGGCCCGGGCGGGGCCCUGUGAGCAGGCCGAGUGCGGUUCAGGGGGCUCCGGGUCUGGAGAGGACAGCGAGUGUGAGCAGGAGCUGUGUCGGCAGCGUGGCGGCAUCUGGGACGAGGACUCUGAGGAUGGGCCAUGUGUGUGCGAUUUCAGCUGCCAGGGUGUCCUGAGGAGCCCGGUGUGUGGCUCAGACGGGGUCACGUAUGGCACGGAGUGCGAGCUGAAGAAGGCCCGGUGUGAGGCACGGGUGGAGCUGUACGUGGCAGCUCAGGGAGCCUGCCGAGGCCCCACCUUGGCCCCAGUGCCACCUGCGGUUCCCCUGCACUGCACCCAGACCCCGUACGGCUGCUGCCAGGAUAACGUCACUGCUGCCCGGGGUGUGGGCCUUGCUGGCUGCCCCAGCUUGUGCCAGUGCAAUGCACAUGGCUCCUACAGUGGCACCUGUGAGCCGGCCACAGGCCAGUGCUCCUGCCGCCCGGGUGUAGGAGGCCUCAAGUGUGACCGCUGUGAGCCCGGCUUCUGGAACUUCCGUGGCAUCGUCACUGAUGGCCGAAGUGGUUGCACCCCCUGCAGCUGUGACCCCUGGGGUGCCGUGCGGGAUGACUGUGAGCAGAUGACUGGGCUAUGCUCCUGUAAGCCUGGGGUGGCUGGACCCAAGUGCGGGCAGUGUCCAGACGGCCGUGCCCUGGGCCCUGCUGGCUGUGAGACAGAUUCCUUGGCACCAAAGACCUGUACUGAGAUGCGCUGUGAGUUUGGGGCAUCCUGUGUGGAGGAGGCUGGCUCCGCCCACUGCGUGUGCCCAACACCCACCUGUCCAGGGGCCAAUGUUACUAAGGUCUGUGGGUCGGAUGGAGUCACCUACGGCAACGAGUGUCAGCUGAGGACCAUCGCCUGCCGCCAAGGCCUGGACAUCUCUAUCCAGAGCCUCGGCCCGUGCCAGGAGGCUGUGGCUCCCGGUGCCCACCCCACAUCAGUGUCUGUGGCCAUGUCAGCAAGCAACUUGAGUGAGGCCCUGCUGCCCCCGCCCAGCGCCCUCCCCCUGGCUCCCAGCAGCCGGCCCACCCCCCGCCCCUCGUCACAACCUUGGACUACUGCCAGUAUCCCCCAGGCCACCCAGAGGCCCGUGCUGACUGCGCCCCCCACGGCGCCCCCUGCAGCAUCCAGCCUCGCCAUGUCUGCCUUUGCUGAAUCUGGCAGUGCUGACGGGAGUGGCGACGAGGAGCUGAGUGGGGACAUGGAGGCUAGUGGGGCCGGCUCAGGGGGACUUGAGCCCCCCGAGGGUGGCAGCGCUGUGACCCCUGGACAACCCAUCGAGAGGGCUUCCUGCUACAACUCACCUCUGGGCUGCUGCUCGGAUGGCAAGACGCCCUUGCUGGAUGCCGAGGGCUCCAGCUGUCCUGCCACCAAGGCAUUCCGGGGUGUGCUGGAGCUCGAGGGGGUCGAGGGUCAGGAGCUGUUCUACACACCUGAGAUGGCCGACCCCAAGUCAGAGCUGUUUGGGGAGACGGCCAGGAGCAUCGAGAGUGCGCUGGAGGACCUCUUCCGGAACUCAGAUGUUAAGAAGGAUUUCUGGAGUGUCCGCCUGCGGGACUUGGGGCCCGGCAGUUCAGUCCGGGCCAUUGUGGACGUGCACUUUGACCCCACCACGACCUUCAGGGCGCCCGACGUGAGCCGGGCCCUGCUCCAGCAGAUCCAGGCAUCCAGGCGCCGGUCCCUGGGGGUGAGGCGGCCACCACAGGAGCAUGUGCGCUUCAUGGAUUUCGUUCCCCUACCCUCAGACUGGUUUCCUGCCUUCUUCACGGGAGCCACCACAGGAGCCACCCCUGCCGCGGCCAUGGCCAGAGCCACUACUGUGGCUUCUUCCGCUGUGACCCCUCGGGCCCUCUACCCCAUUCACACAAGCCGGCCCAUCAGCAGGACCACAGCUCCCCCCACCACACGCCGGCCCCCAACCACUGCCCCCAGUCGUGUUCCUGGACGCUGGCCCCUGCCCCCAGGCACCCAGCAGCUCCUGAGGCCCUGCGACUCCCAGCCCUGCCUCCAUGGGGGGACCUGCCAGGAUCAGGAUUCAGGUGGAGCCUUCACCUGCAGCUGCCCAGCUGGCAGGGGGGGCACGGUCUGUGAGAAGGCGCUGCGACGUUCCGUGCCGGCCUUUGGGGGCCGCACCUUCCUGGCCUUCCCCACUCUCCGCGCGUAUCACACGCUGCGCUUGGCGCUCGAGUUCCGCGCGCUAGAGCCCCAUGGGCUGCUGCUCUACAAUGGCAACGCGAGGGGCAAAGACUUCCUGGCACUCGCGCUACUGGGGGGCCAUGUGCAGCUCAGAUUUGACACAGGUUCAGGGCCCGCAGUACUGACCAGCACAGUGCUCGUGGUGCCCGGCCGGUGGCAUCGUCUGGAGCUGUCUAGGCACUGGCGCCGGGGUACGCUCUCAGUGGACGGUGAGACCCCUGUCCUGGGCCAGAGCCCCAGUGGCACUGACGGCCUCAACCUGGACACGGACCUCUUUGUGGGUGGCGUCCCAGAAGACCAGGCUUCCGCGGUGCUUGAGCGGACUUCUGUCAGCGCUGGCCUCAGGGGCUGUAUCCGUCUGCUGGACAUCAACAACCAGCGGUUGGAGCUCAGCAGCUGGCAGAGGGCCACAACCAGAAGCUCAAAUGUGAGCGAGUGUGGGGACCACCCCUGCUUGCCCAGCCCCUGCCUUGGCGGGGCCCCGUGCCAGGCCCUGGAGGCUGGCAUGUUCCACUGUCAGUGCCCACCUGGCCGCUUCGGCCCAACUUGUGCUGAUGAGAAGAACCCCUGUCAGCCGAACCCCUGCCAUGGGGCAGCCCCCUGCCGCGUGCUGCCUGGGGGUGAGGCCAAGUGUGAGUGCCCCCUGGGACAAAGCGGCAGUCUCUGCGAAACAGUCUCAGAAGGAAACGAUCACCGGCCCUUCCUGGCUGACUUCCACGGCUUCUCCUACCUGGAGCUCAAAGGCCUGCACACUUUUGAACGGGACCUGGGGGAGAAGAUGGAGCUGGAGGUGGUGUUCCUGGCCCGGGGCCCCAGCGGCCUGCUUCUCUACAAUGGACAGAAGACGGAUGGCAGGGGGGACUUUGUGUCGCUGGCACUGCGUGACCACUACCUGGAGUUCCGUUAUGACCUGGGCAAGGGGGCAGCCAUCAUCAGGAGCAAGGAGCCGGUGGCCCUGGGCACCUGGACCAGCGUGUCACUGGAGCGGAACGGCCGCAAGGGAGCCAUGCGCGUCGGCGAUGGGCCCCGUGUGCUGGGGGAGUCCCCAAAAUCCCGAAAGGUGCCACACACUGUCCUCAAUCUGAAGGAGCCGCUCUACGUGGGGGGUGCUCCCGACUUCAGCAAGCUGGCCCGGGCAGCCACCGUGUCCUCUGGCUUCGAUGGUGCCAUACAGCUGGUCUCUCUGAAAGGCCACCAGCUGCUGACCCAGGAGCACGUAGUAAAGGCAGUGGACGUCUCAUCCUUUGCAGACCACCCUUGUACCCAGGCCUCAGGCCACCCUUGCCUCAACGGGGCCUCCUGUCUCCCUCGGGAGGCCUCCUACGAGUGUGUGUGUCCUGGGGGCUUCUUGGGGCUGCACUGUGAGAAAGGACUGAUCGAGAAGUCGGCAGGGGAUCUGGACUCACUGGCCUUUGAUGGACAGACCUACAUUGAGUACCUCAACGCCGUGACUGAGAGUGAGAAAGCGCUGCAGAGCAACCACUUCGAGCUGAGCCUACGCACCGAGGCCACGCAGGGACUGUUGCUGUGGAGCGGCAAGGCCACGGAGCGGGCCGACUACAUUGCUCUGGCCAUCGUGGACGGGCACCUGCAGCUGACCUAUGACCUGGGCUCCCAGCCCGUGGUGCUGCGCUCCACUGUGCAAGUCAACACCGACCGCUGGCUGCGGGUCAGGGCGCACAGGGAACAGAGGGAAGGUUCCCUUCAGGUGGGCAAUGAGGCCCCCGUGACUGGCUCUUCACCACUGGGUGCCACGCAGCUGGACACAGACGGAGCCCUAUGGUUGGGAGGCCUGGAGAAACUGCCUGUGGGCCAGGCCCUGCCGAAGGCAUAUGGCACAGGCUUCGUGGGCUGCCUGCGGGACGUGGUGGUGGGGCGGCGGCCACUGCACCUGCUGGAGGACGCAGUCACCAAGCCCGAGCUUCGGCCCUGUUCUGCCCCGUGAGCCUCGCCACAGCCUGCCGCCCACCCUGCUGUAAUUAUUUUCUAUUUUUGUAAACUUGUUGCUUUUUUGAUAUGAUUUUCUUGCCUGUGUUUUGGCCGGAGGGACUCCUGGCCCGUCGUCCCUCCUGUCCAGGCAGGUGAGCUGCAGAGACCAAUUUGGUGCCAAGGGACUCACAAGGGUGACGUGGCAACAUGGAGGGCUUGGCACAGAUGGCGGCCUCAGGACACACCCCUCCACCCUGGGCCACCAUGUCCCAGCCCCUCAUGCUGUGCUUCCCUGCGUCCACUUGUGCUGGGCCCUUGUGUUCUCUGGCCUAUCAGCAGACCCCACACACACAUUACCCAUGCUGCACCUGGCGAGGCCCGUGUCCGCACAGCGGGAAGCUAAGCUCUGACUGAGCCGGUGCUUGUCCCGCGUGCUCCGUGAGUGGGCCAGCCUCACCAGGAGUAACCUUAAACCUGGCUGGCCCCUCCUGGGCCCUCUGUGCCAAUACUGUGACUAAGUAAAGACGUUACUGUUGGGGCCACUUUGUGGACCCCGCCAAGCUGCGUCCACCAGUCCCAGGGUGCUGGAGAGCAGAGGCCCGGCCCAGGCCUGCUCCGGGAGCUCUGGCCCUCAGCUGGUCCUGCCUGUCCACCCAUCCACCUGGACAUGGCUGUGUUUCCUUCCUGAUGCCUCAGGCCCCGCGAAGAACCCCCUGGGGGAGCGGACCACUGUGUGGUAUGGUUGACGUCCAUUGCCUGCUUGCCCGGGCAGCCAGCGCCCCCUCUCAAGGACAGAUGUCCAGGCCUGACCACCAACCAGAGUUCUUUAUGCAUGGAUUUUUUUUGCUAUCGGGGGCAGUGGCAUCUUUCCUGUCCUGGCCUGAGAGCAGCUGAGGACGCUGCACAGCAAGCCUUCACUCCACUUCUGAUGUGAGGGGUGGUUACCCUUGUCCAAGAAUGACCAGGGGCUGGCUGGUUUCUGACCACGGCCAAGGGGUGGGUGCAGGGGUGGCAGAGAUGGCUGCGAAGCCAGAAAUGCCUUAAACUGCAACAUUGUAUCUCAUGCCAACCCACCCCACCCCCCACCCCACUCGCCCUUGUUCUGGUGGGGUGGCACUCCCAACUCCCACAGCUAAAACUGGGCUGUGAGGCCCAGGGACUGAAGGGAAACCCAUGUGUCACAUUACUAACUCCAGUCUGUGUGUGUGUCAAUCACCGUAAAAUAAAGUCUGAA